GAAAAAAAAAAAAAGAGAGAAAGGAAAAAAUAAACAUGAUUGGUGGCAAAAACCCUAAAUCUAAACCCGAAUACAACAACACCUGACCCGUUUCUUCUUCCGGCACUAAGCAGACACGAUGAGCUCGGAGAACGAAGACUCUUCAUCUGUGCGACGGCGCGUGUCCUGCACUAAAUGCUUCGACGCUCUCUGGUUCUGCUAUUGUAAGUCUUCGUUUCUCCUCAUCUGAUCGCAUUCUCUGAUUCUACAUCUUCUAUUCCAUCUCCUCUCACCAUCUCUAAACUGCAAAAUUAUAUAUCCUGAGCUCACAAAAUUUGAACUUGAUUGAGAUUUGAUCAAUCAGUCAUAUACCAAUCUUUGCUUUGUCAUUUGCCUUUUGGAAUUGUUAACGAGCUUGUUAUAGACUAAUAAAAAGCCUUGGUGAGAGUUUAGAAAUGGAUUAGCUUUACACCAAUUAAAGGAUCUCUGAAACCAUUUCCUCAAUGUAUGUUUUGAUGAAGGGAUGUCUAGAUGGUCCAACAUAACCAGCAAUGGCGAUGACACAGGAAACGAUUUGGCACCAUUUUAUCAAAUGCAGCAGUAUUACCGGGUUGGAAAACUUGAUGAUUGUACUAAGAAGUUCUCUGACCUCUUUGAUUGUCUUUCCUUGAAGACAAAAAGAGCUUCUGAAGCCGAGAGAAUUCUGGAAGAGCAAGAGAAAGCUGCUGCGGAAAAACAUAUCUGGAUUAUGCGAACACAGGAAGAAGCUGUAAGCCAUUGGAAUGAGACUUUUGGGCAUUUGGAAGAUCCAAAUUCUUAGAAGGUACAGUUUCACGCUUUGGAUUCUCUGCUGCAUUCUUGACGGAGAUUUUUACUUCCAAGAAACUCGAGGUCUGCUAGAGAUCUGCAGAUUAUUCUGCCGGAUAGAGAAAGCUUUUUGUCAUCGCUUACCAUGAACAUUUUGAGCAAACUUAAGUUAUACCUCAAUCUCCAAAGAAGCGUACCUCGAAAGAUGGGGGGAUGUUUUGAGAUCAUUUAUUGGACUGAGAAUGUAUUUGGUUGAUUGGUAACAAAAAAAAAUACAUUGCUAAAUAAAAUCUCACAUCUGUUUCAAAAAUAGAGCGUCUGUGUUACUGUUAUUUUUAUUUUUUGGGACAAUGUGUUACUUUUAUUAGAUAUAGCUUUGAGCAACACUAACAUCA